CAGACCUGAUGAAGCCAAAAGAAGAAAUCACAAAUGCAAAAGAACAGACAGAUCAAGAUCAGAAAGCGGUAAAGGAGGAAAUUUCACAACUCAAUGAAAUUGAAGCGAAACCUCAUCUUUUGAUACCCAAAGAAGAAUCUCUGAGCUGCUCGAUUACUGUGAGGAAUUUGUCCCCUAAAAGACAAAACAAGCAAAAGGCAACAGCCAAGGAUGCUAUUAUUUGCCCUCAGUGUGGAAAGACCUUCACAUAUAAAUAUAUGCUUAAAAAUCACAUGAGAAUUCACACUGGAGAAAAGCCAUACAGCUGUGAUCAGUGUGGAAAAAGUUUCAAUAAUAAAUGUCACCUUAAUAACCACAAGAUGAUCCACACUGGAGAAAAACCUUACAGCUGUGAUCAUUGUGGAAAAACUUUCAUUCGCAAGUCUUGCCUUAUUGUUCACAUGAGAAUUCACACUGGAAAAAAACCUUACAGCUGUGAUCAUUGUGGAAAAACUUUCAUUCGCAAGUCUUGCCUUAUUGUUCACAUGAGAAUUCACACUGGAGAAAAACCUUAUGGCUGUGGUCAGUGUGGAAAGACCUUCAAUAAAAAAUCGCAUUUAAGUGAUCACACAAAAAUUCACACUGGAGAAAAACCUUACACAUGUGAUCAAUGUGGAAAGAGUUUUAUUCGUAGGUUCAAUCUUAACGGGCACAUAAGAAUUCACACUGGAGAAAAACCUUACACAUGUGAGCAGUGUGGAAAGAGUUUCAUUUGUAAGACUGACCUUAAUCAGCACAUAAGAAUUCACACUGGAGAAAAGCCUUACAGAUGUGAUCAGUGUGGAAAGAGUUAUGGUCGUAAGAGCGAUCUCAACAGGCACUUGAGUAUUCACACUGGAAAAAGGCCUUACAGAUGUGAUCAGUGUGGAAAGAGCUUCACUAAUAGAUGCCCCCUUAAUGAGCACAUGAGAAUUCACACUGGAGAAAAACCUUUUAGAUGUGACCAAUGUGGAAAGGGCUUCAUUCGUAAACUCGAACUCAACAGGCACAUGAGAAUCCACACUGGAGAAAAACCUUACAAAUGUGAUCAGUGUGGAAAGAGCUUCACUAAUAAAUGCCCCCUUAAUGAGCACAUGAGAAUUCACACUGGAGAAAAACCUUUUAGAUGUGACCAAUGUGGAAAGGGCUUCAUUCGUAAGAUUGAUCUCAACAGGCAUAUGAGGAUUCACACUAAACAAAAAGUUGUUUCUGUAAUGUUCAUCAUGAGAGAUCAGAUGGAUGUGAUGUGCUGUAAAUCAAAAGAGGUGGCGUUACUGGAGUCAAAGCUCAGACAGAGAGAUGAACUCAACACAAAGGAUGUAUCUGGUGUCUCUCUGUGUGGCUUUACUGAUCAAACAUCUACAGAUCUUCUGGUUUCUGUCUUUAAUGAAGACCAGAAGACAUCAGUGAAUCUGCUGGACUGUGGGAUAGAAGUGAAACAAGAAGACACAGAAGCAGAUGAAGGUUAUUUGAUUUAUUCAGACCUGAUGAAGCCAAAAGAAGAAAUCACAAAUUCAAGAGAACAGACAGAUCAAGAUCUGAAAGUGCUAAAGGAGGAAAUUUCACAACUCAAUGAAAUGGAGGAGAAACCUCAUCAUUUGAUACCCAAAGAAGAAUCUCUGAGCUGCUCGAUAACUGUGAGGAAUUUGUCCCCUGAAAGAAACAACAAGCAAAAAUCAACAGCCAAUGAUGCUUUUAUGUGCCCUCAGUGUGGAAAUACCUUCACAUAUAAAUAUAAACCUAAUGAGCACAUGAGACUUCACACUGGAGAAAAGCCUCACAGAUGUGAUCAAUGUGGAAAGAGUUUUCUUCGUAGGUUUAAUCUCAACAAGCACAUAAAAAUUCACACUGGAGAAAAACCUUACAGAUGUGAUCAGUGUGGAAAGAGUUUCAUUCGUAAGUUUGAACUCAACAUGCACAUGAGAAUUCACACUAAAGAAAGGCCUUACAGAUGUGAUCAAUGUGGAAAAACCUUCAAUAGAAAAUCGCAUUUAAGUGAGCACACAAAACUUCACACUGGAGAAAAACAUUACACAUGUGAUCAGUGUGGAAAGAGUUUCAUUUGUAAGACUGACCUUAAUCAGCACAUAAAAAUUCACACUGGAGACAAACCUUACAGAUGUGAUCAAUGUGGAAAGAGUUUUCUUCGUAGGUUUAAUCUCAACAAGCACAUAAGAAUUCACACUGGAGAAAAACCUUACACAUGUGAUCAGUGUGGAAAGAGUUUCAUUCAUAAGACUGAUCUCAAUAGGCACAUGAGGAUUCACACUAAAGAAAGGCCUAUGUUCAUCAUGAGAGAUCAGAUGGAUGUGAUGUGCUGUAAAUCAGAUGUAUCUGGUGUCUCUCUCUGUGGCUUUACUGAUCAAACAUCUACAGAUCUUCUGGUUUCUGUCUGUAAUGAAGAUCAGAAGACAUCAGUGAAUCUGCUGGACUGUGAGAUAGAAGUGAAACAAGAAGUCACAGAAACAGAUGAAGAUGAUUUGAUUUAUUCAGACCUGAUGAAGCCAAAAGAAGAAAUCACAAAUGCAAGAGAACAGACAGAUCAAGAUCAGAAAGCGGUAAAGGAGGAAAUUUCACAACUCAAUGAAAUGAAGGAGAAACCUCAUCAUUUGAUACCCAAAGAAGAAUCUCUGAGCUGCUCGAUUACUAUGGAAGAUCAAUGCUUCUCAGUGGACACCGAGGAAGUUUCAGGUAAAAGAGAACGGGGAACUGAUUCCAUCCCAUCCACUCCGCUUAAAUCUCAUAGUGGGAAAAAAGUUAAAAAAUCGGGUGGAAUUGAUUUGACUGAUGAAGUGUCUAAUGUCGCUAUCCUUGACGCAAUUAAAGCACUCGGAGUCAAAGUGGAUAAGCAGCAUGAUGAUAUUAGCACGCAGCUGAAACAGCAUAGCGCUAUGAUUUCAAGUGUGGCGAAAGUGGUUCAAAUUAAUGCGGAAGAGGUUAAAGAGUGUAAAGAGAAGGUGAACAUGAUGGAAAAGCAAGUGGAGACGCUCACCAAAGAAAACGAAAAUCUGAAAAUUCGUGUUCUAGAACAGGAAAGAUACAAGAGGAGAUGGUGCCUUCGCAUUAGAGGAAUCAAAGAAAACCCCAUCGAAAACAUACGGGAAGACGUGAUCCAACUUCUUGGUAAAAUUACUCUAAAAAGACUAUUUUCCUCCAACAUGUAUGAUGCUGUGGAUGUUGUGCAUCGGGUGGGGAAAAAGGAAGCCAACAGACCCAGAGAGGUGAUCGUUCUCUUUGCACGUAGAGGAAUCAGAGAUGAGAUCUGGAAAAGAACAAAGGAUUCGACGAUGUUCAUCAUGAGAGAUCAGAUGGAUGUGAUGUGCUGUAAAUCAGAUGUAUCUGGUGUCUCUCUCUGUGGCUUUACUGAUCAAACAUCUACAGAUCUUCUUGUUUCUGUCUGUAAUGAAGGCCAGAAGACAUCAGUGAAUCUGCUGGACUGUGGGAUAGAAGUGAAACAAGAAGUCACAGAAACAAAUGAAGAUUAUUUGAUUUGUUCAGACCUGAUGGAGCCAAAAGAAAAAAUCACAAAUGCAAGAGAACAAACAGAUCAAGAUCAGAAAGCGGUAAAGGAGGACAUUUCACAACUCAAUGAAAUGGAGGAGAAACCUCAUCAUUUGAUACCCAAGGAAGAAUCUCUGAGCUGCUCGAGUACUGCGAGGAAUUUGUCACCUAAAAGAAAAAACAAGCAAAAGGCAACAGCUAAGGAUGCUCUUACUUGCCCUCAGUGUGGAACGACCUUCACAUAUAAAUAUAUACUUAUUAAAAACACGAGAAUCCACAUUGGAAAAAAACCCUACAGAUGUGAUCAGUGUGGAAAAAGUUUCAUGCAUAAAUUUCAAUUUAAUGAGCACAAGAGAAUCCACACUGGAGAAAAACCCUACAGCUGUGAUCAGUGUGGAAAAACCUUUAAUCGCAGGUUUUGCCUUAUUGUUCACAUGAGACUUCACACUGGAGAAAAGCCUUACAGAUGUGAUCAGUGUGGCAAAAACUUCAUGCGCAGGUCUUGCCUUUUUAUUCACAUGAGACAUCACACUGGAGAAAAACCUCACACCUGUGAUCAGUGUGGAAAGACCUUCCAUAGAAAAUCGCAUUUAAGUGAGCACACAAAAACUCACACUGGAGAAAAGCCUUACAGAUGUGGUCAAUGUGGAAAGAGUUAUGGUCGUAAGAGCGAUCUCAACGGGCACAUAAGAAUUCACACUGGAGAAAAGCCUUACAGCUGUGAUCAGUGUGAAAAGAGUUUCGUUCGUAAGUCUGACCUUAAUAUGCACAUAAAAACUCACACUGGAGAAAAGCCUUACAGAUGUGAUCAGUGUGGAAAGAGUUAUGUUCGUAAGAGCGAUCUCAACGGGCACAUGAGUAUUCACACUGGAAAAUGGCCUUACAGCUGUGAUCAAUGUGGAAAAAACUUCAUAAAUAAAGGCCACCUUAAUGAACACACGAGAAUUCACACUGGAGAAAAACCUCACAGCUGUGACCAGUGUAAAAAGAGCUUCAUUCGUAAGAUUGAUCUCAAAAGGCACAUGACAAUUCACACUAAAGAAAGGCCUUAAUAAUGUCCCUACUAUGGUGAUUUUUGUAAUUUAAGAGUUCAGAUGCAAAGAGCACUAAAUGAAAAAAACUUUUGCUUCAAAUUCGUUUAAUCCCAGCCUCAGGCCAUUCAGAAAUACCAGUUUGUUAGCAGAAUUCAUUAAGAGUCUGAUAGAGAUUUCACAUCAGGGCGGUUCUAGACCCUUUUUUAGGGGGGCUUCAGCCACCCUGUCUGUCAUCUUAGCCACUCUACAAUUAUUAAAUCUAUCAAACUAUCAGAUAUACAGUUAUGUUUAAAAUAAUAGCAGUGCCACAUCAGUAACGUGAUCUGUUAUCCGUAGUAGUAAUAUUUCUGCAUUCGAAAUGAUUUUCUUACAGAUGUAGGGCCCUAUUUUUAACGUUCUGAAACGCAAGUGUGAAGCGCAAGUGACUUUGUGGGUGGAUCUUGGGCGCUGGUGCUAUUUUUCCCGGGGGACUGGCUUUAGGGGACUUUCCCAGUAGACGUAAGGAUCAAAGGCGUGCCAUGAGGCCCUGAAUAUGAUUCCUGGAAUUCGGACCCGAGACCGUGCCUAUAAAUUGAUGCUGGUGCAGAGCUUAGGCAGAUCUGGAGACCGCGCAGCAUCCAGCAUCUCCGUUGUCUGACAGCCUGAAAUCUUGUGUGCUCUAGACUUAGUACUUUUUAGACUUUGUAUUUUUGUAUUAUUACCUUUAGUUAACUUGGUAUUUUUAUUUCUUUUCUUUUUGAAUUCGGCAAAACUUGUAAUCGCAACUAGCUAAAUUGUAUUAAUAAAUUUUAUAAAAGACAAGAAGAAGUGUGCUUGCGUGAAUUUAGCUCAAAUAAUCAACCACGGGGAAGUCUUCUGACAAUUAUGUGAGUAUAAUCUAAUCUGUCGAAUUCUACCUUAAGGUAAUGUGGGAUUGGUAAGUAAUUGUUAGAUUUGACUGUCCUUGCCUACCCUAAAUAGAAAGAAUAGGCAAAAGGUACAAAUUUGAUUACCGUAAAACAGCAGCCACACAAUAAAUAAAAACUGUCACCACAAUGCCCACCACAAUGAUUUCCCUUAUCUCAUGUGUUAAUAUUUUUUAUUGUAACAAUUUAUGAUUAGCAAAAAAUAACUGUUGCAUCUGUGUAGAUUAGAUAAGCAAAGUGUGUGCGCGUUGUGCACGCUAUACAUUAUGGUCAAGCAUGCGCCCUUAAAAUAGCAUAAUGAACAACGCGCAAUGCGCCACUGACUUUAGACUAGUUUUUUUUUUGGUCAGUGGCGCAAUUGUUUUUUGAAACUGCAAAAUAGCACCAGGGAUGGUUUGCGCCGGAACACGCCUCCUUUUUUGCGCUGAACCGCAAGUUCAUUCCCUAGUUUGCCGACGUGCGUCUGUGGAGGGAAAACCCCGCUGUGCGCCGGUGCAAAAUACGAAUGAUACAUGCGUCACUGACAAAGUCAAUUGCGCUGGGUGCAAGAUAGGGCCUGUAGUAGUGUAAUAGAAAAACAAUAGACCCAUUUGUUAUGAUAUCCACACUACUUGUUCUGAGUUAUAGACUCAUUUAUUGAAAGUGGCAUGAUCAAAAUAAUAUUAGUGUGAAGUUUAAUUGGAAAAUUAGUUUAUUCUGUGAAAAAACACCUUUUUGUCCUUUAUUAGGAAAGAGUGAAAGCAAAUGUUUCACCAAUUGCUAUAAAAUAUAUCAUCUGCUGAAUUACUAAGUAAAAUCGACUGUAGAGGAACAACUGAAUUUUAUUAAAAAGGUGAUUUGAGAGGGGGAAAUGUAUAAAGAAAUGUAGCGAAGUUUAGGAUGCUCAGUUAAAAUGAUCUCAAAUCUACAAAAAUCCAAAGAACAUGGAAGAAAACAAGCAAUACGGUUAAUACAGAUUGGAUGGCAAAGCUUCAGCCUUUCAUCCCCGAAAGAUCAAAAAUGAUCUGUAAGUACAGUGACAAUUACAAGACAUCUGAUUAAAGCUAAGCUGUUUUCAAGAAGCCCCCAUAAAGCACCAUUGUUGAAAAAAGGCAUGAGCAAAAUCACAUCAACUGGCCCAAAGAAAAAUGGCAUAACAUUUUGUGGCCUGAUGAGAGUAAAAUUGUUCUUUUGGGUCAAGUGGUUUUCGGAAGAACCUCAUGCGACUCUCGGAUACUGAAUUCAAGCCACAGUCCACUAUAAAGACAGUUCAACAUGGUGGUGCAAAAAUCAUGGUAUAGGGGUGUGUUUCAUACUAAUGUGUUGGGCUUAUUUAUUGUAUACAAGGAAAAAUGGAUCAGUUUGAAUACAUCAGAAUACUUGAUAAGAUUAUGUGGCCGAAGAGGAAAUGCCCCUAAAAUGGGUGUUUCAACAAGACAACAACCCCAAAUACACAAGCAAGAGGGCAAAAUCUUGGUUCUAGACAAAAGGAUUGAGGUUAUUAUGGAGUGUCCAGCUCAAUCCUCUGAUCUGUACCCCAUUGAAAGCUUGUAGGGUGACAAUAAAAAUGCAGUUUCUGAGGUAAAACAUAACAAUUAGCUGGAACUGUGGAUCUUGGGGUAAAAUAGCUGUUUCUGGGUGCCAGAAGUUGGUUGAGUUGAUUUGUAAACUGUGUUAAUGCUUUGAUUUGUAAUUGAAUGUUUAAUGUUUUCAAUACAUUUGAAAUAUGGAAAUUAACUCUGUUUUUAAUUUUUUUUGCACUUUAUUCACUUUUAUUAGUACACUGCUAUUAUUUUAAACACAACUGUAUGUGUGUAACUAUGGUAAAUGACUGUUGUUAAGCAGCUGUUGCGUCACGCUCCCGUCCAGCAGAUGGCGCAAACUCACCGCGUGUUACAUAAAACAACAGAAGAAGAAGAAGUGAAACUCGAUAGGAGCAGCAGUAAGUGUUGUCUUGUUUUUGCUUUAUAUUUGUGUGUGAAUAAUGUGUGUGUUAUCUUUGUAGUGAACAUUCUUGCUUACUGUAAAUAGUUUUUUUUACCAUACACUUUGUUUUCGGAGUUAUUUCUGUAGUCAGGAAUUUUUUUAUUUAUUUAACAAAGCUGCAGUCGUUUAUUGAAAUGAUGUUUUCGUGUGAAUAUUAUAAUGUUGAUGUGUUUGUGUUCAGAUGUUCAUCAUGAGACAUCAGAUGGAUGUGAUGUGCAGUAAAUCAGUAGGAACUGAUCUGUCCAUGCUGGAUAUUGAUGAU